AUGGCCUUUGGUGGUGCCCAGGCUUCCUACAUAAACCCAGUGGUCCCCUUCACUGGGAUGAUCCAAGGGGGUCUCCAGGAUGGACACAAGAUCACCGUCAUUGGGGCCGUUCUUCCCUCAGGCGGGAACAGGUUUGCUGUGAACUUUCAGACCGGCUAUAGUGACAACGACAUUGCCUUCCACUUCAAUCCACGGUUUGAAGAGGGUGGGUAUGUGGUCUGCAACACGAAGCAGAGAGGAAGCUGGGGGCCGGAGGAAAGGAAGAUGCAGAUUCCCUUCCAGAGGGGGAGUUCGUUUGAGCUCUGCUUCCAUGUACAGAGCUCGGAGUUCAAGGUGACCGUGAACGGGAAACUCUUCAUGCAGUAUGCCCACCGCGUGCCCUUCCACCGAGUCGACACCAUCUGCAUCACGGGCAUCGUGAAGCUGUCCUCCAUCAGCUUCCAGAACAUCCGCGCAGCUCCCAAGCAGCCCGCCUGCUCCAUGGUGCAGUUUUCCCCAGCUGCCUGUUUCCCACCCAGGCCCAGGGGGCGCAAAUCAAAACCUCCAGGGAGCUGGCCAGCCAACUCGGCUCCCAUUACUCAGACCGUCGUCCACACCAUACACAGCACCCCUGGACAGAUGUUCCCUAAUCCCGUGAUCCCACCCGUGGUGUAUCCCAACCCGGUUUACCAACUGCCUUUCUUCACCUCCAUCCUGGGUGGGCUGUACCCCUCCAAGAGCAUCCUGGUGUCGGGCACCAUCCUGCCCAGUGCUCAGAGGUUCUACAUCAACCUGCGCUCAGGGAGUGACAUCGCCUUCCACCUGAACCCCCGCUUCAACGAGAACGCGGUGGUCCGCAACACGCAGAUCAACGGCUCCUGGGGGCCUGAAGAGCGAAGCCUGCCGCGAGGGAUGCCCUUCUUCCGAGGCCAGAGCUUUUCGGUGUGGAUCAUGUGUGAAGGCCACUGCUUCAAGGUGGCCGUGGAUGGUCAGCACCUGUUUGAAUACCACCACCGCCUGAAGAACCUGACCGCCAUCAACAACCUGGAGGUGGGGGGCGACAUCCAGCUGACCCACGUGCAGACAUAG